CGAAGCCUUUGAAAAAAUCAAGAUAUUGCGCUUGUGGCCCAUCACCAUCGGUAAUUCUAGAGAGAGCAACUAUAGAGGGAGAGAGGAUCGAACGUCGUGUUGUUUUCUCUUUUUCUUUAUUCGAUUGCGUAUAUAAAACAUCGAGAAUCGAUACCUGUCCUGCAGACAUCGCGGCGAUUUAUUGAUUCGUUUCUAGGGUUCGAUCGAUCUAUUGCCCUACUUGUUUUCUUUUCUUGGAUGAAAUUAAUCCUUGCGUUCUUGAUUUAUCGACGAUUUUAAUCGGAACCGGAGUAUAGCAAGGAUUUUUUAGGAGCUAGGGUUUUUAUUGUUCUAGUCUUGUAAAAAUUAGUUUACUCUGCUGGUAUAAUGAACGAUAUGAAUCUGCCUCAAGUGAUGAGUCAGUUGAAUCAGUCGCAGGCGAUGAGCCAGCCUCACGUGAUGAACCAACCUCCUCAACCUCAGGUGAUGAAUCAGCCUCAGGUAAUGAGUCAGCCGCAGAUCAUGCCUCAGUCGCAGUCUCAGAUGAUGAGUCAGUCACAGGCGAUGAACCAAUCGCAAAUGAUGAACCAGCCUCAGGUACUGAAUCAGCCUCAGAUGAUGAAUCAGCCACCACAGAUGUUGAAUCGAAGUUAUGGUAUGUGGCCACCGCAGCCUGGAAUGGACGCUCUCGCUUUCCCAAACCCUAUUAAGCCAGGUUUUGCUGCUUCGAAGCCAGGACGGAGCAAUUGGAAAGGCAAGAAAGCUGCCAAUAAGCAAAAGGAUAUGCGAAGGAUGGAAAAAACGGGCGUCAACCCCACCAUGAGCGGUGUCACCGGAGGCAGUGGUGGUGGUGGGGGAGGGUACAGACCCCCUACACUUCACGAAUUGCAGUCUCAGAAUCGACUGAAAGCUCGGAAAUUUUACCCAAAAAAGAAGUUUAACAACAGAUUUGCCCCAUUCGCCCCUAGGAACACGACAUCCUUUAUAAUUCGGGCAAAGAAAUCAGGGGGAAUUGCAUCUUUAGUUUCCCCAUGUCCGGUAACCCCCGCGGUGCUUCCAACACCGAUUUUCUCUCCUUCAAGGGAAGUUUUGGUGGAUAUGGCAAAGGAAGAAUGGGGUGUUGAUGGUUAUGGGUCAAUGAAGGGUUUGAUCCGGCUACGGUCUCCAGGUCAUGAAGCAGAUGGGCAUGAGGAUGAUGAGGAUGAGGAAGGAGGUGGGUCUAGCGAGAGUGAUGUGGAGGAGCAUGUGGAAGUUGAGAGGAGACUGGAUCACGAUUUGAGUAGGUUCGAGAUGAUUUACCCAAAUUGUGGCGUUGAGUAUAAUAAUAUAUUGGAGAAUAGGGUGGAUGAUCAGGACACUCAUAUUGCUCAGUUGGAGGAGGAGAAUCUGACCUUGAAGGAGAGGCUUUUCUUGAUGGAGAGGGAGCUGGGGGACUUGAGGAGGAGGUUGCAGUGCCUUGAGAGGCAGAACCAAGUACUGGAAGAUAUUAAUGAGGAGGUGGUGGAGAAUGGCUCAGAAAAUGAUAGUGAUGGAAGAGGGGAUUUUAAUGCCACUGCAGAGAAUAAUGAGGAAGUUGCAGAGUUCGUGCCUGAAAAUGGAGGUGGCGUUGGUGUGGAUGUGAAGGAGAAUAAUGAUGGUGCGUCUGACAAUGAGAGGAUAGGGGAUGCUUGUAAGGAGGAUUUUACACAAGCUCCAGAAAAAUUGAUCGCAGAGGAUGAAUCAAAGGAUAGAGGUGCAGGAAAUGGGUGCUCAGAGAAGAACAUUAGUGACAGGGACUGAUCUCAUUUUCCUUUGUAACAAACUUGCUCUGGCAUACCCAAGAGAAGGAGACCAAGCCUCCACAAACAGAAAAUCAAGCAAAUGUACAAAACCUGGGAAGGCUUUACAAGGCAAUAACUCUAGUCGUGUAUCGUCAUGAGUUUAGUCUUGCCUUCCAAGAAUGAUCCUGGAGUGAGAUCAGUGUGGUAAAGCUGCCAAAUCCAUCCAAAGGGUGGUUGUGCAUGGUACUUUUUGGCUAUGGUACAAUGGUUCCAUUUCAUUCACCGCGGCCGAUCAUACUCUUCUAGCAGAUGAUAUUACUCUUGAUCACUGCAGUUUGGAAGUUUUAGAUGCCGCCCAAGGUUAAAAGUUGUUUUUGAACUUUGAACUGGCAUAGAGAUGGAUCACUGUCAAGGGCUCUAUUGGGUAGCCAACUUGCUUCAACAUAGAGCAGCAAGCUGCAGGCAUCUACUCCUUGAUAUUACCCAGGGGGUUAGUUUGAAGAAUUUUCAUAAAUGAGGAUUUGGUUAGUUUUCUUCAUAUCCCAUUCUCGCAUGGUCUUGUCCACUGCACUUGUGUACCGUGACAUCCUUGGAAUGUGUGGUCGCAUGCUCUCUCUUUUUGUUCUGUUUUUUUUUUAAUAAAAUAUUUCCCCUGAUGGCAAAA